ACCUGCCGGAGCUCUCACGUGGCUCGCCGGCCUGCCGCGCUGGAGGGCAGUCACGUGACUCGACACCUGCUGUUGCUGGUGGCGCGGCGCGUCACGUGAGCGCCACUCCGGGCGACGGCGUUCGCGUCUCCAAGGGCGACGGCCGGCGGGCGGGGCCAUGGGGGAGGCCAGCGGCGCGCGCGACCCCGAGCAGCUGCGGCUGGAGCUGGGGCAGGAGGAGCGGAUGACGUCAGACUUCCCCAUCAGAUCAAAGGAAAUCUCCAGGGAAAAUCAGGCGGCUGUCGUAAGCAUGGAUGGUUAUUUACUAGUUAGUUCAUGAUGCCAGAAAGCAAUGGGAAAUGCUGGAACUCUCAAUAUUUGAAUUGAGAAACACAGUAAUGGAGCUGGAAAAACAAUUUGGCAGUGUUGAGGAUGAAGGCAAUGAAUGGAAAACUAGAUAUGAAACACAAGUUGAACUAAAUGGACAGCUAGGAAGGCAAAUUGGUCUCCUUCAGAAAAAGAUGGAACAUAUUCAUGGAAAUCCAACAGAUAGAUUGUCCUCCAUUCGCUUCUUUGAUCAAAUGCCUGUGGGCUCCUUAAAUCAGUUUGUUAAACAACUAGAAAAAGAGAAGAAAAAUCUCCAAAGCCAACUGAAAGAUUAUGAGCUCAGACUGGAACAAGAAGCAAAGGCUUACCACAAGGCCAGUGAUAAGAGACGUAUAUACAUAGCAGAGAUUUCACAGACAUCAGCUAUACUUAAAGUUGCUGAAAGACAGAAAAUGGAUGCAGUGUCCAGCAAAAGAGAGAAUCAGAUAUUAAGAGGAAGAUAUAAUGUUCAAGAAAACAAGAGAAUAUUGGAUCCCAAGAAAGGACCAAUUAAAAAGACAGCAGGAGUGAAGAAACUUCCAAAACUAAAACAGUGAACAAAUAUUCUUAAUAAGAACUUCCAAUUGCUUCUUUUGUUGUUUUUAAACUGAAACUGCCUUCAGUAAAACUGAACAGAAUUGUUUUGGGCAAAUUCAAACUAAAAUAGCUACUAAUGGAUCUUUAUGUUUUCCAGUAACUUCAUAAGUCGCUGUUCUAAGGGAAAAGCGCUCCCUAUGUAGUAGUCUAUCUCUGAAUUCUCAGGUGUGGCCCUUGACAAACUGAUUGCUGUACAUGAAAAGUUAGCUCAUACAAAAUCAAGUCAGGUGGCUCAGAUAAUCGGUUAAUCAUCAUAAGAAUGGUAGAUUUUUCUCCCCUUGACUGUACAAUCAGUUACGAAAAACGGCUCCUUUCUGAGCUCUCUAUUACGGAGAUUAAGAGGAUCCAUGUGGCUUCAAAGAGUAAUUUUAUCACCUAAACCCAGUGAGCCUAUGAGAAGAAUCCUUAUUCUGCAUAGGAGUAAUCAGAGUGUGUCCCCUCUGUCUUAGUCAUAGGAUGGCAGAAGUUUCCUUCCCAGCCCUUGGAGCUCUUAACUGAGCACUACUUAAAUGAGACCAAGCUUGGAGCCAGUCUGUCAUUCCAUCUACAGCCUUGAAGAAGAGUUCUUCUGUUAGGUUGUGUUAGAUUGUACAAGCUGCCUGGUUCUUUCAGAUUGACUCCAGGACUGUCACUGGCCACACUAAAGGGCACUGAAAGAAGUGAUAUUUGUUGUGCAUUUGGCCCCUUGAUGGCAUGGCUGUAGAGGCUUUGACAGAAAUGUAUGGUUGCUGAAUACUUUAAAAAGUGCCUGAUGGCUUGACAAAUUGACCUUCAUUUAAUGUAGGUUCAGAUGAAGGCGCCCCAAAGCAGAACACCUUCAUUAACUUCUGUUUGUGUGCAUAAGCAGAGCUGGGUUGAUGUAGCCCAGCCGCACCCCCAGUGCUUUCUGCAGCCUGGGAGCAGGGGGAUGGUGGAGGAGAAGGAGCUCUGGUAUGGGGUUUGCCUGUCUUGCACUGGAUGGGGGGUGUUUGGAUUGGAGCCCUCCUGAGGUGAGGGACUCCAGUCUACCCGCCCUGCCUUUCAGUGCAAGCUGGGUAAACCCCAGACCAGAGCUCCUUCCCCUCCCCACAUCCCCACUCCUAUCCUAUAGACAGCACCUGAGCUGGGGUGGAGAUGCAGGAUGGCAGGACUAGGGAAGAAAGGAUGUGUGUCUGUAGCCUUUCUCCCCUGAAAUGGCUCCAAACUAGAGCUCUCCAGGGAAAUUCUGUUGUGUUUGGGGGGGUUGGGGGUGUCACUGUAAUUUAUGGUGCUUUCUAUGAAGCGCCAUGAGUUACAGUGGGGAGCUGUAUGUCUGUCAGCACCCAAACAUUGCCUUAUUGCAGUUUUGUCAUUCUUUGCUUCUGUUAUUUGUAUGCCUUGGGACUCCACAGUUAUUUCCAGCUGGAUUUCUCCUUUACUGUGCAGAGAAACAAAAAAUAAAAUUUGGUUUAGAAAAGUAUUAUAUUCUGCAUGUAAGGGUGAAGUGUUAGAGUCAUUAAGGCAUCUUGCUACAGCUCCACAUGCAUAAGUUCAAGCCUUACUCAGGACUUGUGCUGCAGGCUGCCCCCAUUCAACCCACCUGUAAAUGGGUACAUGGUAAUUUGGGCUGGGGAGCAGGAGGCAGCUGAAGGUGAAUGCUAGCCACUUUGUUCCCUUGUGUGCCAUUGGCUAUGGAAACUGGUGAAUCUUACCAGUAGUAGCCUGAUGGAUCUUCCAGACUGACUCUUCACAGAAUAUCUCACUCUUAGAGAAUACUGUAUAGGAAAUAUUAUUUUGAAUUCCUCUGUACAUAGAUUGAUUCCUAGUGUUUGUAUUUUAGUAUCUGAAAUCUGAACUCACAAAUUGAUGCUGUCAUCUAACACCCUGAUCCUACAAAAACUUGUCUGUAUUCUGUGGUAGGACUCUAGCCAUGUUCUUUGCAGGCCUGUGGCUUGAGGUAGCACCAGCCUCUUACUCUUGAACUUUAAUGUACCUCUGAGGAAUCAUUUGAGCUAUUUUGAAUUGUAUCUUUAAUCUUAAGAAUUACAAUUACUGCUUCAAUUUCAUUACUAACAGUAUUUCAGUAAUUAAACUUUGGCAGGCUUUUCUUUUAACUGGAGAGCAAUGGGGAGAAUGUUUUGGUAUUUAAACUUAAAGCCCUUUAGGUUACAUUUCAAAAGCACUCUCCAGAGUAACUGUGAUUGAUAUGCUGUCUUUUAUUAUUUUAAGAGCUUCUGUAGCUCUUCACAUUAUUUAGUAAAGAUCUUCGUCUCUUUAAGAACAAUACUAAUACAGUAAUGUCUUAUUACCGCCAGCACUAAAAGUUGCAAUUAAACUC